AUGGGUAGAAAGAACAACAAUAAAAAGGAUAAUCCCUCCAGUGGAAGUCUGAGUAAGUUGCUUUACGUUUGCCUACGUUUUUUUGUUUAGAACCUCCCGGAGCACGUGAUUUGGACAACAGUGAUGUGGAAUCAGUUUUGUCGUCGGUUCAAGGGGAUUAUCAGAAUUCUCUGGCAGAUUCCGAUGAUCUCAAUGUGAACGACGAUUUCUUGGCGGUCGAUUCGUUUGGUGAGCUGGUAGACAACGCAUUGGAUAAAAAGUGAGAGGCUCGAAAUAUUAGGCAUGCUUUUUUGAUUGAAAUUUUAGAAACAAGUCUAAUUUUCAGUGUGAAUAAUCGAUGUAGAGCCAUGGAUAAUAUCGUCGCCAUUCUUCGCCGUUCGUACAUUCCAGACACGAUUGACAAGCAUAAACUUACUCUUUGUGAUAUUGUGGAGAAGAAUCUUCGACGCACUACUGAGGAAUCAUUGAGAGCUCUGAAACUUGGGCAACUUUUGGCUUUACAAUUUGGACUUGAGAUAGAAGAAGAAUUGGACCAAGUUCUCAAUUCCAUGAUAGCUUUAUUCUCCGAUCCAGCCAAAUCGGAGGACGUGCGGUCUGCAGCUGCUGAAGCGAUGGGGUUGACCGCGUAUUUUGGAUGUUAUCGACCGGUAAAAAGGGGAGAAUGUUUGGCCGCCCUUCGACAAACUUGGUACUCAAUGAAGCCCACAACAGACUUGCCACAUCUGUUCGCGGCUUCUCUUUUUUCAUGGACGUUGAUUUUGGAGAGAGUAAGUUCUUUUUUGUUGUUUUCUUUUUGUUUUUAGGAUCGGAAAAGUUCAUAAACAUCGACGAUAUUAACUUAUCCCAUUUCCAGAGUGAUGAUGCUCAAAUUGCCGAUGCCAUUGAGGAAGUUCAGCCUCGUCUGUGCUCAUUCCAUGUAUCGAAUUCAGUGGAUGUCAGAGUGGCUGUUGGAGAGUCAUUGGCUGUUCUGUAUGAGCUUGCAGUCCAAAGCAUCGAUGAGGACUUUGUCUUUCCCAAUCAUUCCCAACUCAGGAACACUUUGGAUGAAAUGAGUGGGGAUUAUGCGAAAAGUCACGCCAAGAAGGACAAGCGUUUGCAGAAGUGGACAUUCAGGCAAUGUAUCGACGCCAUUUUCAAUGAAAGACCACCAGAAUCUAUCGUCAAGUUCAACAAGGCCGAACGAUUGGAAUUGAGCGGAUGCCACUCAAAAUUAUUGUACGAUUAUCUCUGUCAAUGUGUCAAAGGAGACGUGAACACCCAUCUGACGAGGAAUGAAGUCCUGAGAGAGCUGUUUGACCUAGGGCCAGUGACUGUUGAGGAAGAAGCGACCAAAUCUAAGAGUGCCAAAAAUGAGAGAGUAAGUAAAAAAAAAAUUUUUUAAAAGUAUUGUUUGAAAUUUAGAAAACUCAACUGUCCAACGCGGAUAAGCAACGAAAUAUCCGAAGAGCCAAGCUCAGAGAUAGAAAAGGAUACUAA